ACACACACACACACGCACACACACACUGAAGCAAGUUACCCCGCUGCCCCAUACAUACACAUCCGCAUUGAUGCUAGCUCUCCCACACACACACAAGGAAAGAAAGGAAGAAGGAGAAAGAAAUAAAUAGAGAAGGGAAGAGAGAGAGAGAGAAAGGGAGAGAAGAAGUGAGAAAAUUGUUCAACAGCCACAAAACUUUAUGAGUGAGGGAAGAAGGAUGUUGUUGGUUACAUAGAGUUUGUAGUGAGCCACGGCUGACAUACCCAGUCAUGACUUAUACCCAACACAACCCAAAUUACUCUUGUCUUUACUAUUAUUGCGGGUUUGCAAAACCAAGUUACACAUGUUAAAAUGACAAGAAUGCCUUCAAAUAACUUAAACAAGUAUCUAUUUUUAUAUAUUACAUUAUGUAUAGCUGUUGUCUGUGUCCAGUGUCGGGAAACUGCAGAUGAAGACAUCGUUAAGAAAGGACGCGAUGUCAUCAAUAAUUUAUACCGACGUUUUCCAGGAAAAGAAGUUGACCUUGUCUUUAUACUUGACCGAUCAGCCAGUAUUCCCCCACAAGGCUGGAGUUCUAUGAUAACAUUUAUCCGUUCCAUUCUUGAACAUUUCUCAGUGACUGGAGAACAUACAAGAGUUGCUGUUAUAACAUAUGGUUCCCAUGUUAGUUUGGAAAUUAAUGAUUUAAAUGAGAAACACACAACAAAAUGUUCUUUAAUGAAACAAAUAAAACAAAGACUAGAAAAGAAAGUAAUGGCAGGUUAUACUGCCACCUAUGAUGCUUUGAAAAGAGCACAAAGCAUUCUUUUAAACUCAAGGCGAAAUGCCAAAAAGGCUGUUUUUGUCUUAACUGAUGGAAAAUCAAAUGUUGGCCCAAAUCCUGUGCGAGCUUCACUGGAAAUCCGUUCCCUUCGUUGGAAUAGCAAGUGGAAUUCUACAGCCCAUGGUCCUCAAGUUGAAAUUUAUGCAUUUGGCAUCAAAGAUGCUAACUUACCUGAGUUGGAAUACAUUGCUUCACAACUGAAGAACCAUACAUUCUUCAUUCCUGAUUUUUCGACCUUCUCACUUCUUGCCAGACAGCUUCAUAAUGGCAGCCAGAAAGAAAUCUGGGAAGUUGCAAACAGGAAUUUCUGUAGCGAAAAAUGUUCUAAGAAUGCUGUGUGUUCGUGUGGAACAAGGGUUGGUCAAUACCAGUGCAUCUGUAAUGCUGGAUAUGAAGGUGAUGGUAUCACAUGUAAAUUGUGUCCAAAAGGAUUCUUCAAAAAAUCAUUAAGUCCUGGAAAAUGUCAACCAUGUCCUCACAAUUCCACUACCUUCAAAGAAGGUGCUGAAAUUAUUACAGAAUGUAUUUGUCAUCCAGCAUACUACCGAGAAAGUCCAAAUGAUAUCUGCAAAUUACAUUAUUGUGAGAAACUGGAAGAUAUCAAACAUGGCUACAGUUUUCAUGUUGAGGGAGCCAUAAAAGAUGAAGUACCAAACACAAAUAUUACUUGUAAAAACACUCCUAAAGAUUCCUGCCAUUAUCAGUGUGAUGUUGGUUACAGACUAGAUUCUAAUCCAGUGUUAAUAUGUGAACCCAAUGGAACUUGGUCCGGUACAGUUCCAAAAUGUAGAGUUGUUGAUUGUAAAACAUUGACUGAAAUUGGUGAAGAUGUUGAAAAUGGAAACAUUGAAUAUCCCAACAAGACCACUACAUAUGGCUCGUAUGUAAAGGUAAGCUGCCGAUCUGGUUGGCAAGCAUUUGGAGACAAAAUACGAAAGUGUAACAACCAUGGUGUAUGGUCUGGCACUCGUACCUGGUGUGUUGAAGCAAAAUGUAAGCCUUUAUCGUCUAUUAAUGGAGGUUCACUUAAACCUCAUGACUGUUCCAAAAGAAAUAGCAACCCAGGAGCAAUAUGCAGAUAUACGUGUAAAAGGGGAUACAAAUUAAUUGGACCUUCUCAGAGGAAAUGUGGUAAUCAUGGAGAAUGGAAUGACACCAAAGAAACUGAAUGCAUUGAUGUUGAACUUCCAAAAUUUAAGUGCCCAGCAGACAUGACCGUUCCUGCAAGAAACCAGGGUUAUGCUAUUGUCCAUAUAAAUACCGCAAACCUUGAAAUGAGCGACAAUUCUGAAUAUGUAAAAUUAACAUACAGUGGCCUUACUGAAAAUCCUGCAAAACUUAAACUGGGCUUCCACCAAAUUGAAUUCGUUGCCAAAGAUAGAGCUGGAAAUAAAGUUACCUGUAUACAGCGUAUACAUGUUCUACAAGAAACAAUCAGAAUGAAGUUUUGUCCUUCAAAUAUAAACAUUACCAUUGAAUCUGAAUUCCAAGUUCCAGUCACCUGGCCAGAACCAGUGUUUCUAGACAAGGACGAUAAACCUGUUGAAUACUACUGUUCCCAUCCAAACGGGUCAAAGUUUAUCGUUGGUCACUACAAUAAUAUCUGUGCACCUGUAAAAGAUUACGGCCAGAAUGUUAAAUGUAUAUUUUCAAUUACUUUAGGAAGUAGGUAUUUUAUCUAA